AUGGUCAACUCCUGCUGUGGAUCCGUCUGCUCCGACCUGAGCUGCGGAAGAGGCUGCUGCCAAGAGACCUGCUGUGAGCCCGGCUGCUGCAGCAGCCCUUGCUGCCCCCCAACAUGCUGCCAGACCACUUGCUGCAGAACCACCUGCUGCCGCCCAACAUGUGGUGUGACCAGCUGCUGCCGCCCGACCUGCUGCAGGCCAACUUGCUGCCAGUCAGUCUGCUGUCAACCCACUUGCUGCCGCCCAGCCUGCUGUGUGUCCAGCUGCUGCAGACCCUGCUGCCCUCGACCCUGCUGUGUGUCCAGCUGCUGCAGGCCCUGCUGCCCCCGACCCUGCUGUGUGACUAGCUGCUGCCAGCCUUGCUGCCGCCCCACAUGCUGCCAAACCACUUGCUGCCGGACGACUUGCUGCCGCCCGACCUGCUGUGUGCCCACCUGCUGCCAGCCUUGCUGCCGCCCAGCUUGCCGUCAAACCACUUGCUGCAGAACCACCUGCUGCCGCCCCACUUGCGGCCCAUCAUCUUGCUGUUGA